UUUCUUUCCGGUGGGGGAGGGGGCGAGCGUCGGCGAGUCACGGUGAUGGCGGCCACCAGCCCGUGGUGAGGCGGCUGCCGGACGCCGGUCUCGCAGACUCCCGCGCGCCCUUCUGAGGGCUCGGGCGGACUCCCCGCGCGAGGGGGACAGCACGGCGCUCCGAUCCCGCAGGGAAGGCCGGCGGCGCGGGGGCAGCGGCGAGGGUCCGGGCCGGGGUCGGGGUCGGGGUCGGGGUCCGGGCUGGCGGCGGCGCUCCGCGUGGCGAAUGUGACGCCCCCUCCCCCGCCGUCCCCCGAGAGCGCGAGCGGCGCGGCCCCCCGGCCCCCCCGGCCACACCCCGCGCGGCGCCCCGCACCCGGCCGCCCGGCCGCGGCGCCGCCAUGCAGGUCACGCUCAAGACCCUGCAGCAGCAGACGUUCCGCAUCGACAUCGACCCCGAGCAGACGGUGAAGGCGCUGAAAGAGAAGAUUGAAUCUGAAAAGGGAAAAGAUGCCUUUCCUGUUGCAGGCCAAAAGCUAAUUUAUGCAGGCAAAAUUCUCAAUGAUGAUACUGCUUUAAAAGAAUAUAAAAUCGAUGAGAAGAAUUUUGUGGUGGUUAUGGUGACAAAACCCAAAGCAGUGACAACGCCGGCACCAGCUGCGACUCAGCCAUCCAGUUCCGCUUCCAGCACCACGGCUAGUUCCUCCACGGCUGCAGCUGUGACUCAGGCCCCAGCCCCCAGCCCUGCCUUGGCUCCCACUCCCACACCUGCAUCCAUCCCUCCAGCCUCAGCUCCGGCAUCUUCUGAGCCUGCACCUGCUAGUGCAGCGAAACAGGAGAAGCCUGCGGAGAAGCCAGCGGAAGUACCCGUGGUGACUGCCAGUUCGACGUCGACCGACAGUACAUCAGGAGAUUCUUCUCGGUCAAACCUUUUUGAAGAUGCAACAAGUGCACUUGUUACAGGUCAGUCUUACGAGAAUAUGGUCACUGAGAUCAUGUCGAUGGGCUACGGGCGGGAGCAAGUGGUCGCAGCCCUGAGAGCCAGUUUCAACAACCCUGACAGAGCUGUGGAGUACCUUCUGAUGGGCAUCCCUGGAGACAGAGAAAACCAGGCUGUGGUCGACCCCGCUCCCGCAGCCAGCACUCUGGCUCCUCAGUCCUCACCGGCUGCUGCAGCCGCGACCACCACGGCGACGGCGACGGCUGCUUCUGGAGGACAUCCCCUUGAAUUCUUGCGAAAUCAGCCUCAGUUUCAGCAGAUGAGACAAAUUAUUCAACAGAACCCUUCCUUGCUUCCAGCAUUGCUUCAACAAAUUGGCCGAGAAAACCCUCAGCUACUACAGCAAAUUAGCCAGCACCAAGAGCAUUUUAUUCAGAUGUUAAAUGAGCCGGUCCAAGAAGCUGGUGGUCAAGGAGGAGGAGGGGGUGGCGGCAGCAGUGGAGGAAUCGCAGAAGCUGGGAGUGGCCACAUGAACUACAUCCAGGUGACACCCCAAGAGAAAGAAGCUAUAGAAAGGUUAAAGGCGUUAGGAUUUCCCGAAGGACUUGUGAUACAAGCAUAUUUUGCUUGUGAGAAAAACGAGAACUUGGCUGCCAAUUUUCUUCUACAGCAAAACUUUGAUGAAGAUUGAAAAGGGACUUUUUUUUGUUUGUUUGUUUUUUAUCUGACUUCACACCAGUGCAUUACACUAACUUUGUUCACUGGAUUGUCUGGGAUGAUGUGGGCUCAUAUCCACAGUACUUGGCAUAAGGUAGUAAGUGGACGGUUGGGUGGGGAGGGUGGGAUCUAGGAUCUAGGGCAGGGAUAAGUACAAAGUACAGUGCAUGUCUGCUUCAGCUAGCAGAUGCUGCAAAUCCACACAGUAUGUAAAAUAGACAACCAAAAAUCAGCUUUUGCAGGCCUUUAUAUCUUCUAUAAAAUAGUAGACUACUACUUCUCCUAGGUUUCACUCCUUAGUGUGCUAGAUCCAGAAAUUUAGUGUAAUGCCCUGCUUUAUGUUUCUUUUGACUUUUAACAUUGGUUUUGGAAAGAAUCUUUGCUACCUAGAAUCUACAUUCUCUCUCUGAUUGCAACACUGGGUAAUGGUUUUGUGAAUUGAGAAGAGGAAAUUGGGGUCAGCUGUAACGGAAAUGCCAAAUUACUGAUGGUGGAUGCUACUGCUUCAAAAACGUACAAAAAUCAACGUGACGGGAAGCCCAUUUCUUCAUGUUCAAUAGCAGGGGAGGGGAGAAGGGGAAGGCUUUUCUUAAAAUGGAAAUAAUUAUUCCUAUUUUAAAAUUUCCUAAUCAUUGAAUCUGAGGCCCUUCUAAUACGAUUUGAGAAGCUACAUAAACAUAGGCAGAGUUAUUUUCCUGUUUACAUUUUUUGUCUUUGGUGGGGGGAAAUGAUAGGUGUCAAUUACUGUUUGCUUCAUUGUUCUAUGACAGUAAGAGUUUUCAGACCAUCAUUGCAUGUUUGCUUCUGAUGUAUCCCUUUGUGAGAUCAGCACUUCGGGGCCAACGGAGUAGUGCAGCUUUCUCUCUCUCUCCCCCUCUUCCCUUUGCACAAGUGUUUGUCCGCAAGUUGUGAGUUCCAAAUGCUGCCUUUUUAAAAACCAACAAAAUACUGGUUGAGUUCAAAAUUAAUACAGAUGUUUCAAAACUGGGUUUCUGAUAUUGUAAACGUGUUUCUUUAUGAUGAAUGUCUGACCAUUAGGUCACCAGGACCAUUUGUGCUUUCAAAAGGAAAUGGUGACUAGACCUGUAAUCCAGAACCUUGCUGCAUUGGAAAGACUGGUGGAAUCUUUGUGAACGAGCUGGAAAAGUACGUUAGGAAAUACACAAUCAAGAUAUUUCAAGGCAUAUUAAAAGACAAAUCUUACUAGCA